AAACUUUUGGGGAAAAAACACUUAUUCAUGGUCUUGCCAACAGUUAGAUAAUAAGAUGAAUACUUCUCUCAUAUAUGCCGUUCAUUAUGGAUCUGGAGCCAGCAUCUCUUUACACUUUUUUGUGCAUAAUAGAAUCAAGAUAUAUAUAAUGUGUUAGAUAGUGAGUUAAAGAGGCACAUUUUAUAACCUUUUGACAGAGCCAGGCUAGCUGUUUUCCCCUGCUUUCGGUCUUUAUACUAAGCAAGGCUAACAGGCUUAAACUAAUCCAGGCUAAUGUGAUGUUAGGCAGCUAACACAAUCCUAUUCUUCAAAAUAAGCAAGGUUGGAUUUGUUAAUCUUGUAUCUUGAAAACUCUUAAUUUAACAUAAACUCUUGGUCAUUAUUGUGUUAGAAACACACACUUGUGUGAUAUAAGGGGAGGGUCCAAAAUGUAAUAAUUCUGGGCAGGGCCUUGCUUUUAUAUAAAACAGAAGAUCCAACCCUCUUCCUCAUAGCAAUAAUUUCCGUACAGUCCCUUAUAGGAGAAAAUGUUGUCUGCCCUAACCCUAACCCACCAGUGUGCAAGCCUAAAAACUAGGCGGAACAACUUCAAGCAAAAUUUUCUGAAAUCAGAAAUCCGAGCCUGAUUUGCUGAAGUAAGUAGAAUUUGACCUUUAAGCCUUGCUUUAUGAAACAACCCUCGGGCUGCCCUCUGAUACCCGUGACACAGUCAGCAGACAGCUUGUUGAGUUUGAUGCCCGCCAGCUUCAUGUAUUGUAGAUGCACUGAGCCACACUGCUGCAAGAGCCUGAACAAUAAACAUAAAGACUGAAGAUUGUGUCACAGUCAAGGGCUGGUCCUUCAGAGCAGAGUGACAGAGAUAAGGGGGUGGAGAACUGUGUAUACUGUUUAUUCUUUGUUUGAAAAGAUUUAACGGCCAUUGUAAAAAAAAAAAAGAAGAGGAAUUGUAAAACAGAAUCAUGCCCACAUGAGCUGAAGACAAAACAGCUGCUGCAAUAAUUUCCUGCACAAUCACAUCUUUGUGGCUUUUCUGGAUCAUUAAGGCACGUAUGCUUUAUGGCACUGAAUCAGAUGACUAAUUUGAAGCAGACUGCUGCGUUUUUUCUGAUACUUCUAGACUAAAAUUUUCUUCUUGGUUUGUUUUUAACCUGGAUAAAGAAUGAAGAUUGUUCAUGUCUUCAUUUUUUGCUGGUUGUCAGUUGUUUGUGCUGAGGCCUCAGCAGUGCUGGAGGUGAGAAGCUAUCUUGGAGGAGAGGUCUCCAUCCACUGCUCUGGCAGCUGGACCGCAGACAACAGCUCUGAACACUACAACAUGUACUUCUGCAAAGGAGUGUGCUCCAGAGAAAACAUUCUCAUUCAGACCGAGAGGAAGAGCUUGGCUGUCACAAGGCGGGGGAGAUACAGCAUGGAGGUCAACAGAGGAGACGGGAGCUUCAAUGUGACAAUAAAGAGGCUGAAGAGAGCGGACGCAGGGAGAUAUCACUGUGGAGUGGGGGAAACAUUUAAUGUGUUGUACCGGGAGGUCAAUCUCAUUGUCCUAAAUGCUUCCACUGUUCCUUCGGGACCUCCUCCCUCCACCACCUCCCUGCAGACUGAAGCAGAAACUCUGCCCCAAGGCAGCUUUCUAUCCAGCACUGCACCAUCACCAGCAACCCUGCCCGCUGCAGAGGAGAAGACCAACCAGCAAGCAGCAACCAAACUCACAGAUACCACAGUGGUCAUUAUUGUUUCGGUGAGCCUGGCUCUUCUGGUUUGUGCCAUUAUACCUCUUAUAUUCUACGGACACUGCCGGAGUAACCCGGAAGGUCAGAACAGUCCUGAAGCAAACAAGGGUCAGGCUGAUUACUGCGAGGAAGAUUCCACUCAGGCUCCAGUGAGGCUGCAGUCUGUAGAACCAGAUGCUGAUCCAGAGUCCAGUGCUCAGGCUGCUUCCCAGUACACUGCCAUCUACCAGGCACUCGAUCCAAAAAGUCUGGACUGAGCAGGGUUUAUUCUGUUUCUGAGCUGAUGGCUAAUCUCACCCUCCUCUCUGUAUCUGGAAUCAAAUAAAGGAAAAAUAUAUAUAGAAUAUA